AUGGCCGGAAAUGAACGCAGUGCGCCCGACGGAUGGCUUGAUAUGGUCAAUUGUAUCUCAAUCGCUACCGUUAAGAACGCCGUGUAUCGACUUUAUUCCUAUUCUCUUAGUAGCAAACAGAUUGAGACGUUCACUUGCGCACUGGCAUUUUUCACGCGCAAGGCAAAACUUGGGAAGAAGCACCUAUGA